AUGAAGGAAGGGGGGAAGAAAUCGGGGGGUAAAUUGAAGGAAGACGGACAUAACAGUCUAUCAAAGGAAUCCACGGCUCCUCGCAAAAAGAAGCAGUGUGCGGUACCAGCUGGGAAAGAUGUUUCCAUGCAUGCCUUGCCACAAGAUUUCAUUGAAAAGCAGAGAGCGUACUUUGCCGAGAUUGAUGCAUUUGAACUGCCAGAAGAGGAGGUCGAUUCAGUAGAUUAG